GAGAGAGAGAGAGAGAGAGAGAGAGAGAGAUAUGAAUAUGGAGGAGUUAUUUUAGCCACGUAUUAGGCAUCUACUCUGUGCAUAACUGUUUUAGUAUACUCCGCAUAUUUUUUAUUCCGAUUAGCUGAACUGGGCGCGCUGUGUCGGAAAGCCUCAUCAGCUCACCGAGCUUUACGCUCUCUGGCUGGCAGACUGUUGUCUUUCGUAGCCUCGCUAGUUCUCCGUCUGUCUGUAGGACAGUAGCUGCUGCUGAUGUGCCUGUUUACUGAAGCAUAGUUCAAGUCUGUAAGAGCUUUUACACACAUGUUUUCAGUCCUGUGUUGUAUGAAGUGGUCAGGGAAUGAUUUCUCGUGCGCUGUUUGUUCACUUGGACCGCUGCGGACCAACAAACUGUUAGCUGCCGCUGCUAGCUAGCCUGCCUGUCUGUCACCUCGCUGCUACACUACUACACUACAGUGCAACUAUGUAGAUGAGCACUGUCACAUCUCUGAGAUGUAGAGUCUCUCCAGCGAGUGAAUGGCGAGACAGCAUGACCUGCAAACUCAAGCACCAUGGUACAUUCUGAACCUUACUGGGACCACCACGUCCCCUUGCCAAAGCUUGGAUCAGUUCAUUCACGCCUGUUUGUGGCCUUGGUUGCCCUAGUCUGUUUCAUAAACAGCUAUGAUGGGGACUUUGUCUUUGAUGAUUCAGAAGCUAUUAUCAAUAACAAGGAUCUAAACCCAGCUACCCCUCUAAAUAACAUCUGGAAAAAUGACUUCUGGGGAAGCAACUUGAGCAGCAACUCCAGCCACAAAUCCUACAGGCCGCUGACUGUUCUCACCUUUAGGCUAAACUACCUCUUGGCUGGUGGAUUGCACCCAGUGGGCUUCCACAUGCUGAACAUUGGCCUCCACUGUAUUAUCUCUGCGUUAAUGAUUGAUGUCUUUGCAAUAUUAAUUGGUGGCCUGGCCUGUGACGAGAAAGCUACGAGACUUGCCCACGUUCCGAAGGCUUCCCUCCUAGCCGCGCUCUUCUUCGCUGUGCACCCAGUUCAUACAGAAAGCGUGGCUGGAAUUGUGGGCAGAGCAGACCUCUUGUGUGCCCUCUUUUUCCAGUUGUCUUUCCUUUCAUAUUGCAGAGCAUUUCAAGGUGGUGAUAAGAGUGACAGUUUCUCAGUGUCAUGGAUAGUGAUCAGCCUUCUGCUGUGUGCUGUAGCCAUGCUGUGUAAGGAGCAAGGCAUCACAGUUUUGGGAGUGAACGCUGCAUUUGAUAUCCUCAUGAUCUGCAAUCUGAAUAUCUAUGAGUUGACACACAGGCUGCUAGUCAGGAGAAAGGCUGUAGGUGAUGGCGAAUGGAUCAGGAAAGGGCUUCUUGUACGGUUGGCUCUCCUGCUUUUUGGUGGGUCUUUGCUUUUGUAUGCAAGGUGGAGGAUCAUGGGUACAGGGCCGCCAGCCUUUACCGAGGUAGACAAUCCAGCCUCCUUUGCUGAAAAUGUUUUUCUUAGGAUUGUGAACUAUAAUUACUACUACUCCUUGAAUGCAUGGCUGCUGCUGUGUCCCUGGUGGCUGUGUUUUGAUUGGUCAAUGGGCUGUGUACCUCUUAUUAAAUCAGCCAGUGACUGGAGAAUUGUCUGGCUGCUGCUGCUGUGGGCCUGCUUGAUUGGCUUGAUAAGGCAAGCUCUGUGCUCCCCAGACAGCAGUAAAAGAAGGACUCUGACGUUUGGUCUUGUGCUGCUGGUCAUCCCCUUCAUUCCAGCCAGUAACCUGUUCUUUCGAGUGGGCUUUGUAAUAGCCGAGCGGGUGCUGUACCUCUCCACAGCAGGUUUCUGCCUCAUCCUGGCCUAUGCUGUGGCCUACUGCUGUUGCUGCUGGAGGAGACACAAGAAGCUGCUGCAGGCGGCCAUGUUGGCCCUGUUGGGCAUGAACGUGGUCCGCUGCGCCCUGCGCAGUCAGCAGUGGAGGACUGAGCAGAGCCUGUUUACCAGCGCCUUGUCUGUCUGCCCACUCAAUGCCAAGGUUCAUUAUAAUGUUGGCAAAAACCUUGCUGACCGAGGCAACCAGAGUGCUGCAAUCAGGUACUACAGAGAGGCUGUGAGGCCUGAUUUUGCUGCUGCUUGGAUGAAUCUGGGUAUUGUGCAAAACAGCCUGAAAAAGUUUGAAGAGGCAGAGCAAAGCUACUGGAAUGCUAUUAAAUUCAGGAAGAAGUAUCCAGAUUGCUACUACAAUUUGGGUCGACUGUAUGCAGAUCUGAAUCGUCAUGUAGAUGCUCUGAAUGCUUGGAGGAAUGCCACCAUGUUGAAGCCUGAUCACAGCCUGGCAUGGAAUAACAUGGUUAUACUGUUGGACAACACUGCCAGUCUUCCCCUGCCGUGUGGAGAAUGCCCCCGAUUCCCAGACAGAAACUCUUUAAGCAGACACUUCUCCCAGCCAGGCAACCUGGCUCAAGCAGAGUUAAUAGGAAAAGAGGCUUUGAAGAUAUUACCUAAAGACCACACAAUUAUGUUCUCCUUGGCCAAUGUGCUGGGAAAGCAGCAGAAAUACAAGGAGUCGGAAGGUUUUUUUCUAAAUGCACUGAAGAUCAACCCCAAUGCUGCCAGUUGCCAUGGCAAUCUUGCUGUGCUGUACCAUCGCUGGGGGAAGCUGGACUUUGCUAAGAAGCAUUAUGAACUCUCUUUAAAACUGGACCCCAGCGCUCCAGGGACCAAUGAAAACUACAACAUGCUGAAACGCAAGCUUGAGCAGCGGCAAAAAACAGCUGGUUAACAUGGGUUUUCACAGUUUUAUUUAUAUAUAUAUAUAUAUAUAUAUAUAUAUAUAUAUAUAUAUAUAUAUAUAUAAUAGAGCACGUGUGUGAAUUCCACCUUUGUAUAAUGUCCACACCAAGAAAAUAAUUAAAGAAAAUUUCCUUAUUUAUACUAUACAGUUUGUAUGGGCACAUUUUUUAAUAGAUGCAAAACAGUUAUUGUCUUUGAUGUUCAGCCCUGAGCUAUGGCUUUGUAACAGGCAAGUUCUUUUGUUACGUGUGGCCUGUACUCUCAAGGCAUGUGGAACAUAUCUACCAUCUUGUCUUUCACUCCAGUCUUUCAUCUUUGACCCCAUGUUAUGUCAGCUGGCCCUCUGUUUAUUAGUCUGUUUCACUUUGUAAUUGUAAAGCAUGUUAUAAUUGGCCAUUCACCAAGAAUGUGCCACUCUGGUCAUAUUAACAAAUUGCAUUUUAAAAUGUCAGUUACUGUCAGUGAGACACAAAGGUAUAAGGUUACUGCUGGCUCGUUGGCUUUUGUUAGUGUGUUUGUUUACCCACAUUCCAGAGUAUCAAAGUAACAUGUUGGUGAGUGUGGCACACGGUCCUUCGUAGCCUCCAAUCCCUCUAGUUAAUAUAAGAAAGGUGUUUUGCAAGUGUGCGUAGUGAUGUGCAGGAGCCUAAGGGUCACCCCAAGCAGGAAGCCAGCGGCUGUGGCCGAAAAGAAAACAGCACAGCACGCAACGAAAGCUUCAAAGGAGGCUGGACGCCAUCCCCAAGGGGCAUCUCUCACACGCUGGCUCUUCUUGAAAGUUACUGCUGAGUGAGGGCUGACCCCAGGACACAACUUCAGUCAACAAGUCUGCACCUCGGUUGAAAGUUCAGCACACUUCUAUUUUUUCACCUGCUUCUUACUGCUGCCAGAGAACAUUUGAAGAGCUGGUCUGGCGAAUACAGCGCGUUGGAUGGGAGGCUGGUUUGUUUUUACAGUGUGAAGCACAGGUGUAAAAGGUAGGCCCAGAACUGGGUGGAUGUCAGUGGUGGGGAAAGUAAUAGCUCAAUAAGUAGGAACAUGCACAUCAAUGAUGGGAUCAAACAUGUAAAGCCUCUGCGAAAACUACAAAGGAAAAACAAGCUAAAACAAAGAAAGAUGAAAGUGAAAGGGAUAGCAUGUAAAUUGUGCAGGCAUCCAGUCAAGCCUGUGCAAAAGUGGAGUCACACUUUAUAUUUGUUUUCCA